UUGUCGUCCUGUGUCUUUGGCCGAGGCCCCCAGAUCUCUCCCCUCGGUAUCUGUGUUCUCUUCACUGACUGCAGGAGUCUCCGGAGGGCAUCAGGACUCCCGGUCUCUGGAAAUGGAGUCAGUGACCUUUGAGGAUGUGGCUGUGCACUUCACCAUGGAGGAGUGGGCCAUGCUGGAUCCAUCCCAAAAGGAGCUCUACAAAGAUGUGCUGAAGGAAAUAUUGAGAAACAUGAGCUCUAUAGGAAACAUAAGGAAACAGCAAAAGAUUGAAAAUUCUGGCAUAAAGCUAAGGUAA